CGCCGCGGCGGGGAUGCGGCGGCGCUGCGGGGGGCCGGCGGCGCUGCUGCUGCUGCUGCUGGGGUUGCUGUUCGGACCGCCGGGCUGUCCGCUCGCCGCCAAAGUGAACAAGCAUAAGCCCUGGAUUGAGACAUCGUACCAUGGAAUCAUAACCGAAAAUAAUGACACUGUAAUUUUGGAUCCUCCUCUUGUUGCUUUGGAUAAGGAUGCACCUGUUCCCUUUGCAGGUGAGAUAUGUGCUUUUAAAAUUCACGGACAAGAAAUGCCAUUUGAAGCUGUUGUGCUUAACAAGACAUCUGGAGAAGGUCGUCUUCGAGCCAGAAGUCCUAUUGAUUGUGAGCUGCAGAAAGAAUACACGUUCAUCAUUCAAGCCUAUGACUGUGGAUCAGGACCAAGUGGAGUAAACUGGAAGAAAUCUCACAAGGCAGUUGUCCAUAUCCAAGUAAAGGAUGUUAAUGAGUUUUCACCAGCUUUCAAGGAGAGUAUGUAUAAGGCCACCGUGACAGAGGGAAAGAUCUAUGACAGCAUAUUGCAGGUAGAAGCCAUAGAUGAGGACUGUUCCCCGCAGUAUAGCCAGAUCUGCAAUUAUGAAAUUGUCACAACAGAUGUUCCUUUUGCUAUCGAUAGAAAUGGUAACAUCAGAAACACUGAGAAGCUAAACUAUGAUAAACAGCAUCAGUAUGAGAUAAUGGUGACAGCUUUUGACUGUGGACAAAAACAUGCGAGAGAAGAUGUCGUAGUGAAAGUUAACGUCAAACCAGUGUGCAAACCAGGCUGGCAAGAUUGGAACAAACGUAUUGAAUACAAGCCUGGUUCUGGCAGCAUACCGUUGUUUCCCAGUAUUCAUCUGGAAACGUGUGAUGGCCCAGUUUCAUCAAUACAUACAACAAUUGAAUUGCAGACCAACUAUAUUGGAAAGGGCUGUGAUCGUGAAACCUACUCAGAAAAAUCUCUGCAGAAACUAUGUGGAGCAUCCUCAGGUGCCAUUGAUCUCUUACCAUCUCCCAGUGCAACAACUAACUGGACGGCUGGGCUUCUCAUGGAUAAUAAUGACAUGAUUUUUAAAUUUGAUGGAAAACAAGGAGCCAAAAUCCCAGAUGGAAUAGUCCCAAAGAAUUUAACUGAUCAAUUCACCAUCUCUUUGUGGAUGAAACAUGGACCUAGCCCAGGACUAAGAGCAGAGAAGGAGACUAUUCUCUGCAACUCUGACAAGACAGAGAUGAACCGACAUCACUAUGCCUUGUACGUGCACAACUGCCGAUUAGUCUUUCUGCUGCGUAAAGACUUUGAUCAGGCUGACACCUUCCGCCCUGCAGAGUUCCACUGGAAACUGGAUCAGAUUUGUGAUAAAGAAUGGCAUUACUAUGUUGUCAAUGUUGAGUUUCCUGUUGUUACCUUAUACAUGGAUGGAACGACAUAUGAACCUUACCUUGUGACCAAUGACUGGCCUAUUCACCCUUCGCACAUAGCCAUGCAGCUGACAGUCGGUGCUUGCUGGCAAGGAGGUGAAGUCACCAAGCCUAGGUUUGCUCAGUAUUUCCACGGCAGCCUAGCCAGUCUUACUAUCCGUCCUGGAAAAAUUGAGAGUCAGAAAGUGAUUUCCUGUUUGCAGGCCUGCAAGGAAGGUCUGGAUAUUAAUUCACUUGAGAGUCUUGGCCAAGGAGUGAAGUAUCACUUCAACCCUUCCCAGUCAGUCCUUGUCAUGGAAGGAGAUGACAUUGAGAAUAUAAAUCGAGCUCUCCGAAAGGUCUCUUACAUCAACUCUAGACAGUUUCCUACUGCAGGCGUACGACGUCUCAAAGUCUCCUCUAAAGUCCAAUGUUUUGGUGAAGAUGUCUGCAUUAAUAUCCCAGAUAUCGAUGCAUAUGUAAUGGUGCUUCAGGCCAAUGAGCCCAAGAUUACAAUAAGUGGGAUGGACCACUUUUCUAGACCUGCUGCACAAUUUGAAAGUGAAAGAGGAGUCAUUCUGCUGCCUGACAUCAGGAUUGUCAGCACCGUCACAAAAAUGGAGCAUUCAAAAAAAAAUGAUGGAGCUAAUAAGUCAGUGGUCGUGGAAGAAAUGCUCCACAACUUGGAUUUCUGUGAUGUUUUGGUCAGUGGUGCAGAACUAGAUCCUGAACAGGAGUGUUUAGAACUAGAUCGUACUGAGCUUCAAGGAAAACAUCUGGAUGCCACAAAUUCCACAGCAGGAUAUUCAAUCUACGGUGUGGACACCAUGCACAACUAUGAACAGGUUCUUCAGCAGAUUCGAUACCGUAACUGGUACACUUCUGCCACCUCUGAAAGAAAGUUCAGAAUCAAGUGCUCUGAGCUGAAUGGGCAUUACACCAGCAAUGAAUUUAACCUGGAGGUUAAUAUUCUGCACAGCUCCAACUCCAACUAUAUGGACCAUGUAAACCAUGUGAUAGUACAGCCACACUUUCUCCAGUCAGUCCGCCAUCCAGAGGAAAGCAAAAGUACUGUUCACAGCUCAGUUGUUCCAAGUGUGGCCACAGUCGUAAUUGUGAUCUGUGUGAGUGUACUCGUUUUCAUCAUAGCUGUGGGAGUCCAUAGAAUUCGGACAACCCAGCAGCACAGCUCUACAGACAAUGAAAGCAGUAAGGAAAAUGAAAUGGAUUGGGACGAUUCUGCUCUGACUAUUACUGUCAACCCCAUGGAGAAAUAUGAAAAGCCUCACCGGGUAGAAGAGGAGAGUGAAGAGGAAGAUGAUGAGGAGGAAGAUACGACCAGUGCUGAAUCGGAUGAAAGUGAAGAGGAGGAGGAUGAGGAGGAUGAGGAGGAAGUGACUGUCCAAAAGAGAGGCAAGCAGAAUCUCACCAGGCAAGAGCAGUUGGAGUGGGAUGAUUCAGCACUCCCAUACUAACAGCCCUUGAGCCACAUUGCUCCUUUUGUAACCACCAAUACAAUGUUUUCUCAGUCUAUGAAUUCUUUGACAGGAUUUGAACUGCUUGCCUGUAACUGUUUUGCCUAAAAUGAUCUUGUUGUAGUAAUUGAUAAUGAUAGAACUGACCCUUUUCCUACAAAGGCUGGAGAACACAUGGUACAAUCGUACUGGCAUUGCCAGUUCUGAAGUAAUCUAGAACUUAAUCUGUUAGCAAGCAUAGGGUUCAAUUUCCUCUUUCUGUAACAGAAGUCUGUGACAAAAGUGUUGUCACUCAGUCCACAGAGGUUUUUUGUCUUUGCUAUUUUUUCCAUACAGGAGAGAUUUCAGCUUGUUAUGAAGAACUACCUGUGUGGGUCCAAAUUACAAACACAGUUGCUGCCCUUUGGCUUCACACAUUUACAGGUGUAACAUAAUAUAAUCCCACUUCAAAUUAGGAGAGUUUUAGUGCUACAGGUGACAGAGACUAAAUUCCAUUCAUUGUCUCUUCCUGCCUUCUUGGAUGUUAUCUUCUACAAGGAAAUAUAUUUGGGAUGCAUGUAUGCCUGUGUAGAAUUGGACAGUGUAUUUUACAAGAAUGCUGUUUGAACCAUGAAGAGAAGGAUUUUAUCCAACCCAUGCAUAGAAGCUGAAGAAAGUGAAUGCUGAAGGUUACCGGGGGGGAAAAAAAUAUCAUUCUAUGUCCACAAAUGAAAUGAUCUUAUACAAACAGAAAAUUCUGUUUGAAUUGAUAUACUGAAAACCUGUACAGCUACUCAUUAGUUAUGGAUUGAACAAUUUGCAGCAAAUCGAUGCUUUAACCGUCCUGUAAAAUCGUUAGCUUGCUGCAGUACCUUACUGAAAUAGUGGAAAAUAAGCGACUUCAUUAUACCACAGAUAUGUACAGUUGGGAUUCAAACAACGAUUUUUUAAUGAGGAAAAGGUUCCCCUCUGCUUUGCUGAGUGCCAGCUGCAAUUCCUGUCUGGCUUUAUUCUAUAGAAAAGUAUGCCGUUACCCCACCCUGAGUGACACAAAAGAAAGUGACAACACAACUGUCAGCCCACUGUUGGGCUCAUAAUUCUCCCUUAUUUCUUCUUCCUGAAGCCAUUAUUGUUAAGAAAAGGUUUUAUAAAAUAGAACUAGGAUAACUAAAACCUACCUGGAACCAAAAGAAGUUGAAAAAAACUCGUAAGAGGUUGAGAGAGUAUUUUAGUUAUGGUAACACAGCAUAUUUUUCUUAUACACUGUUAAAAAAAAAGCUACGUACAAUGUGUUGGUAAGUCUUUGUGGUGUGUUUUCUGUCCCCUUUCCUUAAUAAUCUAUCUUCAAAUGUUCUGCAUACCAAGUAAUGCAGCACUUACUUGCUAGGAUAACUGUUCUACUGCAUAAAAACCAAAAUGGCAUGGAAGUGAAUGCUGCCUAGUGGCUUUUCUGCUUUUCUCCUAAAAUAGUUCCUUUUGUUUACUAUUUUAUGACUGACUUUUGUAAUUUGCUAUUUGAAAUGAGCUAUGUCCUCUUCUCUCUCCCAAAGAAACAAGCAGUUGGUUUUGACUUACUAGGAUGUUCCUGAGCACCUGUGUAUGAUAACUCAUCCUGCAAAGAGUAACCUGAGAGAUCUUGAGGGUACUCACAUACACCAUUAGCAGCAGCAGCUCCUGCAGGUCUUGGAAUUUAGAGAAUGUAUUGUUGGGUUUCUAGUUGGUGAUGGACUUUUUAAAUCAAUUUAAAUCAAUUUCUGCAUCCAUCUAAUAGCUGUAGGAAAAGAUUGACCACAACUGGAUAGUGCAGUUUAAUCAUGAGAAAGUAAAUGAAAAAAACCUGAAUAUAUUUUAAAAUUAGAGAUUUUCGUGCUCAUUUUUGUUGUUUAUUUUUGUUCUAGACUCUCAUAGGAAUUAAAACAGUAUGUGAAGAAUUGAGCCUAGAUACAUAAAGUUUAUCUGCAGGAAAAAAGAUCAUAUAAAAUGGGCUACAGCAUCUAUUUAUAGAGAGCCUAACCUGCACAAAAAAAAAACAUGUUACUACAUCCUAAUACCCUAGAUCAUUCCCUAGUGUUACUACUUUUAUUAGUGACAUGAAGCAGGGCCUUCAUGAUACUUGCUAUCAGCACAUUUCUCUGCAAAUGAAAUUUGAUAUUUAAAUAUCUACUUUUAAUUUUAAUUUCAUAUUUAAAACUGGACUUUAUUUAGAUUGCUUUUAAUGUCUCUGUUUUUCCUGAUUAUUAUCAUUGUUAUCAAUGCAAAUGUUAAAGCAAGCUGAAAACAGCAAUAUUAUAAAUAGCCUUUCUUUGUUUUAUAUGCUUGUGUCUGUCCAGCUGAUGGAUUUUUAUCUUUUUGUUACUGGAAGCAAAUCUAUUCAGGUCAUGCUGGUACAUUAUACAAAAAGCCAAUAUGAGGUAUUUUCUCUACUGUAAAUAAACUUACCUUUUUAGACUUAAGCAAAUUAAUGCAGGAAUGGGUAUCAGAUAAAUUUGGUUUGCAACAAAAUACUCAGAAAACUCAAGUGUAUCACUGUACAUAGUUUGGAGUAAGCAUGGCAGUGGGUUAUGCAGCAUUUUUCAUUCAGAGAGGAGCAGAAAACAUUAGUGAGAAAGAGCUACUUCACAAGUUUGACCUUACAGUUAAAAUAUUUGUAUUACUUUCACAACAGUGACUUAUUAAAAGCAAUAACCUAGUACUAGAAUAACACAAAUAUAAAAAUGUUUGAAUUACUUUAAAUAGCUUCCCCACCAUGACUUUUUUUUUUUUAUUGUAAACUAGUUGCUUAAAACUAAACCAGAACAUCACAUGCACACACAGGCACCUCUUCUGCCCUCUCCCCUACCCAUCAAAAGCCAAAUAAAUCUCACCUUUUAUCUCCAAAAAAUGUGUUUAUGCUGCAAACUCUGGAAUGUCAACUGCAGAUGUACUGUUUAUCCUAAGUCCAGUUGCAAGUUUUGAAGAGCUAUCAAGGCACAAAAACGGUGGCUUUCUUAUAGUAACAAUAAGCAAGCACAUCCAAAAACCAACUCUGAAUCCGUACCUGUAAUACAACAGCCAGAAUCUGUGACUACAGAGAUGUAAAAUGAUACCAAUGAAUGCUCUUGAAGUGUUGAAAUUCUAAUCGAAGGCUGGGAAAAGCUGCAAAUGCAAAUUUAAGACACCAAUACACUGUUACAUGCAUUAAUAUAGCUGCCUAAGUUGAGUUUUGUGAUCACUGGCUCUCAUUUCUUUUUCACUUCCACCUGAUCCAUGGUUAUUUUAUCUAUCUAUCUCUGCAAAGAGAACAAAGGCUCAAUUUUCAAGAUCAAUCUCAAAAUCUACUACUAUUUCAAAUUAGAAAUAGGCAUACAGGGCUCAUGACAUCUUUAAUGGUAAUUAAAAUAAUAAAAUAUGUUUCUGCUGGACUAUUUGUUCACUGAAAAAGGAAGUAGUGGCUCUACUGCUUUUAACUGUAAAGGACCUCCUUCACCAAGGGCCACUGUGAAAGUGCAGUGUGUUUCCCUUUCUGGUGCUGGACUUGCUGUGAACAUGCACCAUCCAUCAGUCCCCAUUUACAGAAGCUGCUCCUGCUUGACACUAAGCUGAAAAACAGUGCCAUAGGACAGUAGCAACUCCAGGUGAAGGCCUGGUCAGAGGAUAAUCCCAGAAGCAGCCCUCAUGUUACUUUGGCAACUAUUCUGAACCCUGCAUAUAAUUGUGCCUCACUCAGCUGUCUCAUUCCCUCAGACAAGUAAUGCAUUUACCUGGUGAGGAGUGAAGUCGGCUGGGAGAUGAUACUGCCUCUGAUGGAAUUUCUGGUGUUGGCACGUGCUACACGCUGAUGAAUUCUGCCAUCAUCCAUCCUUGGCAGACAAAGAAAGGAAAAGUAUUACACAGGCGACAGAAAAAAGUCUGAGGGGAUGUCCUGAAGAAGCUGCUUCUGUACUCUGGAAUAUAAAUUAUUACACCAAAUUAAGGAUGUAUGGAAAAGGAUGAGAAUACUUAAUUAUUUAGGGAGGGAAAAGAAAUAAACUAAUAAAACAUCUCUAGGACUUGGGAAAAGUCUCUUCUUCCCUUAAUACAAUCAGCAUUGUGAAUUAAGUAUAGCCGUAACAGUACAGCACUACAAGUUUUUGUACGCUUGCUGAAAAUGACAAAAUUCUCUUAGCAUGAUACAAUUUUCAUAUAAACAAUAUUCAAGAAUCUCUUUGGAGGCAACGGAGCCAAAUAAUACUAUGGCAAUUAACAUCUCAACCAUGAAUAACAAGUUGAUUUAAUUCUUAUUUCUAUAUUUAUUUUAGCAAAUAUUUUACCUUGCUGCAGUGUAGUUUUUUCCUGGAUGUAUAUACUCUGUAGUAUUUCUACACCACUGUUAAAAAGGUCCCGAGAGGUUUACAGCAACAGUAAGAAAGAGAACAGCUCAUUUGGCAGAAAAUGAAGGUGACAUAGCUUGCACAAAGGGAUUUUAAAUAUACUUACUUAGAUGUCUUCUGGUUCUUGAUGAAAUCCCAGCAUUAGAAAAAAACAAGUAGAAGUUCUGACACGUAUUGACAGUUGUCAAACUGAGAAGCACACUGGUAUUUCUCAUUUAAUGUAUGGAUAUAAAUAUACAAUAUCUAGAUGGGAAAUACAACUCUUGUUGUAUCUAGAGUUUUCUGUGAUGCUGUAUAGAUUCAAGCUGCACAUCUGCAGCUGCUCAGAGAAUAUUUGGAAGUGCUGGAACAUAGAGUCUGUAGAGUCAGAGCCCCUACAUCAGGCUAAUUAAUUCCGAGCUUUUUAGGAUCUCUGUCAGGUGCUAUUCAACUGCUGGCAUAUUAGAAAUCACAGACAAAAAAACAAUGAAGUCUGAUAAAAAUUACUGAACAAGAAAGUAAAAUUAUUGAGAGAAGGGCAGAAAGGGUUGUGUAUUAGCCACAGCUUGUUGUGUCACUCACUUCUGACAGCAAGGCUUGUGGUUAGUGCACCCCUGGACGUUCACUGUAACUGCUCAUCUUUCCUUAAUAUCUGCCUCAGGCUGUUCAGAGACAUCAGUCAUGCAAAUCUGAGAAGAGAGAAUUUAUACAUAUAUAUUAAAAAUACAACAAAAAUAAAUGCACCUUUAACAAUACUAAUGGUAUAUAACAGUCUCCUAUAUAAAUGUGAUAUACCACAUGUUUCAGCUAGUAUCAACAAUUCUAUAAUAGCACUACAUCUCUGCCUCCUUCGGCUAAACUAAGAAAUCCCUUAAUGCGGUCAGCUUUACAGCAAAGGAGAUGACACAAAUCUUAGAUGACCCAGCAGAUGAAUUAAAGUGUAUUCUGUUAUCAGUCUGUUUGCUUUAGCAUCAGGGAUUUUGAUGUUCUUGUUGCCUUUUUUUUUUUU